UUGGCGAAAGCUGUAGCACGAAUCAUCCAAGUGUUGUGAGACGAGCGCAGGGCAUCCCCCCACGAACACAGAAAACAGACCGGAUAAACGCACCCUGAGGCAUCUCUCCUACCCAUUACCAGCACCACCACGCCACCAUGAACUACCUACGCAGGCGCUUGUCGGACAGCAGCUUCGUGGCCAACCUACCCAACGGCUACAUGAUGGACCUGCAGAGGCCCUCUCCUCCACCAAGCUCCACCAGCUCCCCGGCCUCCCCCGCCACGGAGAGGCGGCAGCGGCCUAUUGGGCCUGCCCAACCCCAGUCCCAGUCCCAGUCCCAGUCCCAGCCCCAGCCCCAAGCCCAGGCUCAGGCUCAGGCUCCACCUACCGCUUCCGGCAGCUUCCUUAGCUCCUUUUCCAGUGUGGUAAAGACAGCUCAGAUAGCCAGCGCUGUGCAGGCCAAAGUGGCAGCCCACGGGGACGCCUCUGCCUCUUCGUCCAAGCCGGCUGUCCGCAAGCCCAAAGUGCUGCUGGUCAUCGAUGAUGCCCACACAGAAUGGGCAAAAUAUUUCCGAGGGAGGAAGCUGAAUGGCGAGUAUGAGAUCCAUGUGGAACAGGCUGAGUUUUCAGAGAUCAAUCUGGCAUCUAACGUCACCACUGGCUGCAUGGUCAAUAUGCAGGUCCCACGAGGUGGCACCAAAGUUGUCAGGUCCUUCAAACCUGAUUUUGUUCUGAUUCGCCAGCAUGCCUAUAGCAUGACCCCAGGGGAGGACUUCAGAAGCCUUGUGAUUGGUCUACAAUAUGGGGGUGUGGCAAGCAUCAACUCCCUUCACUCCAUCUACAAUUUCUGUAGCAAACCCUGGAUUUUUUCACAUAUGAUCAACCUAUAUCAUGCCUUGGGUCCAGAGAAAUUUCCACUGAACGAACAGACUUUCUUCCCCAACCACACCCAGAUGCUGCAUGCUUCGACAUUCCCGGUUGUGGUGAAGAUGGGUCACGCCCAUGCAGGCAUGGGAAAGAUUAAAGUGGAGACUUCUAACGACUUCCAGGACAUCACCAGCGUGGUGGCACUAGCCAAAACUUACGCCACAGCAGAGCCCUUUGUAGACUCCAAGUACGACAUCCGCAUCCAAAAAAUUGGCAACAACUACAAAGCAUACAUGAGGACGUCCAUUUCAGGAAACUGGAAGGCCAACACAGGCUCUGCCAUGCUGGAGCAAAUCGCUAUGACAGAUAGGUAUCGUCUGUGGGUUGACUCAUGUGCUGAGAUGUUUGGAGGCCUGGAUAUUUGUGCUGUGAAGGCCGUCCAUGGAAAAGAUGGCAAGGAUUAUAUUAUAGAGGUGAUGGACAGCUCCAUGCCACUGAUUGGUGAACACAUAGAGGAGGACAAGCAGCUCAUUGCUGAUCUGGUCCUCAGCAGGAUGACCUUCACCCUGCUGGGCAUCACCUCACCCCAGCCAUCCUCUGCCAAGACACAGGCCAGUCCACAGACAACCCAGCCCAGACGAUCUCAAGGAGGUCCUCGCUCUGCCUCUGGGUCCCCAUCCCAGUCUGGACAGGGCUCUCCCCAGCGCACCCGCUCCGCUACCACCUCUCCCAGUCAGGCCUUCCAGCCGGGCCCCAUACCAGCCUCAGGCUCAGGUGGAGCUGCUCAGAAACAAGCCCCACUGCUUAACAAAUCCCAGUCACUGACGAACACCUUCACAGAGACGCUGAGGGGCAACCCAACGGACGACGAGGCCAAGGCCGAGACCAUCCGCAGCCUGCGCCAGUCCUUCGCCAGCCUGUUCUCCGACUAGUGUCCGCCAUUCACCAUCGCCAGCUCCUUUGGGAUGUCCCGAAGGCCAGCAGGUCCUGGGCAAAGCUUAAGGAAGUGGAAACAGCCUGAGCAUAUGAGUGGAGGAUGAGGUGCUGUAGGCUAGGGUUUAUGUCACUGUACCAAUUCUGGGUGUGGGUGUUUGUGAAACCUGCCUUUAAAAGCCACUGUUACCCCCUUAAAAGACCAAUAACCAUUGCAAACAUUUCAUCCACCGCUUUGAAGUAUAAGCAUCUACAGACUCUACAACAUGGGGGUCUCUCAGUAGAUGUGCUCUCAUCCUUUCAACAAGGUUUAACUUCCUUGUUUAACCACAGCAUAAUUAUGGAAAGGAUCCGCGAGACAAGGGCUCGUGUUUAUUUUCCAGGUCUUUUAUUUUUCAGAGUUUUUUAUUAUUCUAGUAUACCUAGUAAUGGUAGUGUACACAGUAUGUUAAAUGUAAAUCCUCAUGUGUAACUAAAGAAGGUUUGACUCAUUUCCAGUGAAACCAGAAUGGCCGUAGCAUUGUUUCUCUCUCUUCUCAUUUUAGUUGUAAUAGAUAUAGAUAUUAAUUAUAAUAUAGUCCCUCAGACUCAUGCAGUUUGGCUGAUACAGUAUUUAUGUCACAUGGCAAUAUUUCCACAGUGGGAAUAUCAGUAUACUUUUUAUUUGUAUGUGGCUCAGUCUUCCAUUACUAACAAAUCUUCCCUUUAUAAAUGAAGAUAUUACUUGACAGUGUAUGCACUGAAAAUAUUAUUACACUCUCUUCUGGGCAUUGUACAUGACUUAUCUCCAUGCUGAGAAUCUUUGACAGUGAUAAUUGAGGAAGGGAACAUAAAAAACUACAUAAAUAAGCAAUGAUGAAAGGAGGAAAGUAUAACGAUGACCUAAGGGGUCACACCUGAAAGCCAUCAGUUCACUGACAUAUUAACCUUUUGCCACAUUUUGAGAUUGCUCAAUAUUCACGAUGUCAUAUUUGCCUGUCUCUAAUUGUUUUGUUUAAUUUUUGCAUAGUACAAUAUAAGGACGUGUUUUUGGUCAUGAAUUGUCACUUUCACUGUGAGAAUGAGUAGCUGAGUGUAUUUCAUACUUUUGACGAUCAAAUGGACCAAAUUCUAUUUGUUUAAAAAAAGGUGAUGCUACUGAUUUUUCUUUUUUUCUGUGUGUGUAUGAGAGAGAGAGAGAAUGCCCAAUCUCUUUGUGCUUUGUCAGUUUCCUCUAUUUACAUGCACGUAAUUAAGUGCGAUAAAGAGCCAUAAAGUAGUCAUGAGGAAUUCUUCUGAGGAGCUCUGACUUUCUCAUCUGUUUCAAUAUGUUCACUUUCUCUUCUACUUACAUGUUUGUAAGUAUUAAGCUACUACAUUUGUUGCUAAGUUUCAUUUGUUAAAUAUUUGAUAUAAAUAUGCUAUGGUAAUUGUGAUAUAAUUAAGUUGAAAUAUGUACAUAAUACGUAGAAUUUUGAUUAGUAUGUGCCAGUUUCUUAGUCAGCUGACAAAGUAAUAAAUGCAAUGAACUGUCAAAGCAGUUGGAUAAUUGUGUUUACAACAAACUACAAAUUUGCUGUGGUCUUGUGUAUUUUAUAUUUAUUUAUUUUUCCUUUAUUUAAAUAUCUUUUUUUUUGUUUUAUCCUGUUUUAGUAAUAGUGAAAAAUAUGUUAUUAGUAUGUAUUUCUGGAUUUCUGAUAUUUCCCCCUAAUAUUUGACAAUUCUGAGUAUAAUCAUUGAUGGGAAGAUUAGCCUUAAACUAAGACAGCUGUUGGUUAUCACUUGGCUUGCAGUCACAAGGGUGCCUUAUGGCUCCCAUCUCAGUACAUGCAAAUAGAUUAUUUGACACAUUAUGUAGUAAACAGUUUUUUUCUUGUCUUUUUAAAAUUAUUUUUUCUAUCAGCCCUAUUAAUUUAAGUUGGAACAUGAUUCGCACUGCAUGUAAUUUUACAGACAUUGAGCAGAACCAGCUAGUGCUGAUCAUAAAUCAGUUUCUCCAACCUUGUGCUGAAUUCAGAAUAAUUUCAUCCAGUAUGCCUCAAAUGUACGCACACAUCCACAGGAAAAAAAGACACACAGAACUCACACACAAACCUGCAAAUGAAGACAUUACAAAAAUAUACAAAUAUACUCAAAGGCAUUAUAAGAAUACACAUUAGAACACAUUUAUAUGUUUUGUCAUACUACAAUGAGUGUAUGCAGUGUAGUGGUUUUAUUAGAUGUAUCUGUGGCAUGGUUAGAAUUUCUAUCUGCUUCUCUGUAGUGUAGUUUAGUCCUGUAGAUCAGUUUAUGUCUGAAUGCUUUAUGGAUUGUAUGUGUCACUACAUGUGCUUUAAUGUAACACAUACCAUUUGGUUAUGGUUUUUGUUCCCUCUUUUGAGUAAUGGAAAUGCUAUUAAAAUGGACAGUGUUUAAUAUA